UUACGUGCGUUCGGUAGCCAGUUCCGCGUCUCCCAUUUCUUUAAGUAUAAUCUGUGUGUUUCGUGUUAACGAAAGGGCCAAACAUAGAACAAGUAAAAAAUGGAACGGGCCGCCGCGAGAAAUUAAGCAACAAAUGAAGGAAAUUGUUUGUAACUAAAUGUGUUUGUUAAACUAAAGGGGAUGGUGUUUGUGUUCUGUGCGGCUUUUUAAGAGAAAGAGGAAGCAGUGGCUAAGUGAAAUACAAAUACAAAUCAAAGUAAUUGAUAUGAGCCCCUUAUCUGCAGUGUAGAAAGAAGGCAGAAAGAAGCAAACGGAGAUAAGAUAAAAAAUAGUGUGCAAAAGCCAAAGCAAACGCAAAAGCUGUAAUAAAAAAGAAGUUCAGUGCCAAACAUUUUGGCGUCCUCUCAUCUGUCUGUGUACAUGUGCGUGUGUGUGUGUCACGACGUCGUCUUUCCACGUGCAAGUGUGAGAGUGUGUGUGUGCUUGGUGCACCUGUCUGCCUAAAGAGAAAUAAUAAAACGGGGAAAUAAAUUCGCUGACCAACAGCAAAAAAAAAAGCAGCGCGCGUGUUUGUUUGUGUGUGCUUGUGCGAAAUUGUGGAGAAAUGUCAUUGCCAGCAGCUGCAGACGCUAAAGUCUAGACCAGCAGAGAAGGGGGAGGGGAAUCAAAAGAAGCACACAAAAGCCGCCUAUUUAAAGAGAGUGAAAGAAACAGCGAGAGAGAGAGAGAGCUGGUGGCUCCAAAGAGAGUUUAGUUUAAGUGAAAGGAAAAGCAACAACAAAACAGUUAAACCGCAAAGCAGCAGCGAAAAACGACUCCAGCAAAGAGUAGGCGACAAGAGGAACAUCAGCAAGAACAACGACAACAAAGAGUAAUCCAGCAAACACACACGUAAAAGGAGCUAAGAGAACGAGAAACCAGCAUCAACUAAGAGAAAUUCCUGUUUCUUGCUUCCGAAUUUUUCAAGGAAUUUCUUAAACCAGAUCUUUUAUUCAGAUUUCUGUCCGCUAAAAAAAUAAACUAAGCAAACUUGCAACAAUUGCUUCCAUAACAAAAUAUCUAUCAAAAAUCAAAGAAUUGCCAUAUAAAUAAUUAUUAAGCAAAAAACUGCCAACAUUUUGGAAACAAAUGUCGCCAGCCGUAGAGCAUGCACCGAUAUUUGUGAAUAUAAUCCCCUUUAACCGGAAGCGGCUUCAAUUCGUGCUCAAAAGGUCGAAGUGAGCAAAGCUUUAAAUGCUCAAAGUUCCACUUAGCACAGCCCACAACCGACGUAUAAGUGAACCGCGCUGGUUCGAGUCUCCACUGAGCCGUCGGCAGCGAGAGAGAGCGUGAGAGCAGGCGAACAACAACAUCCACUCCACUCCAGCAACAUGGACGCUCCAGAUGUGGGACGAAUUAUAAGAGCGCCAGCGCGUCGCAAGCGAAACGAUGAACAAUUGAUGGAUAGGAUAAAACUCAAAAAAGUCUUGGGUCUGACUGUGUGCAGCAAUGCGGCGUUGGAUGUUUCACCAGUCAGCGGCCUCCUGGCCUAUCCAGCGGGCUGCACUGUGGUGCUGUUCAAUGCCAAACGUCAGACACAGGCCUAUCUGGUCAAUACCUCCCGCAAAGCAUUCACAUCCGUCGCCUUUUCGCGCUGCGGCCGCUAUGUGGCCACCGGCGAAUGUGGCAUCAAUCCGGCUAUCAAAGUCUGGGAACUGGAAACGCCCAAUGGCAAUCUGGAGCACUGCACCGGUGGCAGUGUUAUUGCCGAAUUUGUGGAUCACAAAUAUGCCGUCACCUGUGUGGCCUUCUCGCCCACGGGAAAGUACCUGGUUUCAGUUGGCUCACAGCACGACAUGAUCGUAAAUGUGUUCGACUGGCGGGCCAACCUUAAGAUGGCCUCGAAUAAGAUUAGCUCCAAGGUGGCUGCCGUUUGCUUUGCCGAAGAUGGCACCUACUUUGUCACCGUGGGCAAUCGUCAUGUCAAAUAUUGGUACUUGGAAGGUGUUCGCAAGUACAAAGAUCCCAUACCACUGAUGGGACGCAGCGCUAUUUUGGGUGAUUUGCGUGACAAUGAUUUCUGCGCUGUGGCCUGCGGCAAGGGGAUCUGUGCGGAGAGCACGUAUGCCAUCACGAGACAGGGCCAUCUGGUGGAGUUUAGUUCGCGGCGAUUGCUGGACAAAUGGGUGCAAUGCCGCACCACAAAUGCCAAUUGCAUUUGCGUCAACGAGCGCUUCAUACUCGUGGGUUGUGCCGAGUCCAUCAUUCGGAUAUUCAAUGCGGCCACGCUGGAGUAUGUGACCACGCUGCCGCGGACCCAUUAUCUGGGCGUCGAUGUGGCCCAGGGCAUACAGAUCAAUCACAUAAUGUCGGUGCCGCAGCAGGCCAAGUUUCCCGACUGCAUUGCCAUGGUGUUCGACGAGCAGCGAUCGAAGGUCAGCUGCGUCUACAACGAUCAUUCGCUGUACAUUUGGGAUCUGCGCGACAUAUCGCGUGUGGGCAAAUCGCACUCGUUCCUGUAUCACUCCACGUGCAUUUGGGGCGUGGAGACAGUGCCAUAUAAUCUGGAGCGAGAGCCAUCGCAAACGCUGCCGGAGGAUUGCUUUGUGACCUGCUCCUCGGACGACACGAUACGCGUCUGGGGCCUCGAUGGAUGUGCCAACAAUGAGAUCUAUCGCAAGAACAUCUACUCCAAGGAUCUGCUGAAGAUCGUCUACAGCGACGACGAUCUGCAAUUCAUCAAGGACCAGGGCUGCUCCUCGCUCUCUGACAAGACGGGCAACUCCUCCUACGACGGCCGCAACGGUGUGCGCUGCAUCAAGAUCAGCCCGGAGCUGCAGCAUCUGGCCAGCGGCGAUCGUUGCGGCAACAUUCGCGUCUACAAUCUGGUCAAUCUCAAGCUGAUAACCACCAUCGAGGCACACGAGUCGGAGGUGCUGUGCCUGGAGUACUCCAACGAUAAGAUUGAACGCAAACUGCUGGCCAGUGCCAGUCGCGAUCGGCUGAUACACGUCUUCGAUGUGGCCCAGAACUAUCUGCUGCUGCAGACACUCGACGAUCACAGCUCCUCAAUCACUUCGAUCAAGUUUGUGGGCGCUGGACUGAACUUCCAAAUGAUUAGCUGUGGCGCAGACAAAUCCAUAAUGUUCCGUAGCUUUCAGGGCAACAUCUUUAUGCGAGGCACCAAUACCUCGGGCAAGACCACGCUCUAUGACAUGGAAGUGGACUCGAAUUCCAAACAUAUCCUCACCGCCUGCCAGGAUCGCAAUGUCCGUGUGUAUGGCACACAGAAUGCCAAGCAAACAAAGACCUUCAAGGGCUCUCAUUCGGAUGAGGGCAGCCUCAUUAAGCUCAGCCUCGAUCCCAGCGGCAUCUACGUGGCCACCUCCUGCACGGACAAGACGUUGGCCGUCUACGACUACUAUUCCAGCGAGUGCAUGGCACGAAUGUACGGCCACAGUGAGCUGGUCACGGGCUUGAAGUUCACCAACGACUGCCGGCACUUGAUAUCGGCCAGCGGCGAUGGCUGCAUCUUCAUUUGGCAAGUACCGCACGACAUGAUUGUGACGAUGCAGGCCAGAAUGUCACAGCAGCGUCUGCGCUCCGGUCAUGGCCCAUUGCCGCGUCCCCUGGCGCCCAUAUCCCCGCCCGAGGGCAUUGUGCUGGAGUCGCCCACCAGCGAAAUCGAACAGCCGCAAAUGGUGCCGAAAUUCGCAGUGGCCGACAGGCUAUCGGAUGUGGGACAGCUGCCGCAGUGGGCUAUGCGUAAGGCGGCAGCGGGCGGGGACUCCGACAGCGGUGCGCUGUCCAUACCCACGCCCAGUGCCCAGGGAGUCUCGGCCUCCAUACCUGCCAUGCAUGCGGCCUCCUCGAUGGGCAAUCUCAGCUCCUCGCCCAGUCAGCAAAUGGGCAUGAUGGCGCCUCGGGCACGUGGACGCUGGGCGCAGCGUAGCAGCCAGCUGGAGGCGGAUGAUCUGCGCUCCAAUUCGGAGAGCCCACUGGGCACAGUCUCUUCCGUGGGCGGCCAUAGCGGCGUGAAUUUGCAGACGUCGGACUAUAAUAGUGCCUCGUCGAAGGACAUCAUGUACAAUCAGACAUAUCUCAGCGAGGACUCGUCCAUCGAUUCGGGCAUGGAGACGCGCCGCGGUGAACUCAAGUUCAUUGGCAGCAGCAACAAUGGCACCGUGACCGUCUCCGUGUCAUCCUCCUCCUCCCUGGCGACGGCCAGCAACAGCAACGGUGCCAUGGCAGCUGUCGGCGGUGGCCAGCAGCGGCUGCAGCUGCCCGACAAACGGAAGCCCGGACUGCGCUUCGAUACGCCGCAUACCCACGAUCACGAUGGCGAUGUGGAGGACAUUUCCGAUGGCGAGAGAACCAGCUCCGACCAUGGAAUGUUCUACAAUAAUCUGGCGCCCAGCACGCCCACUGACUUCAAAGUGACGGCCAUGAACGAGGAUGAACUGCGGAAGUCCGUGCGACGACAGAAGUUUGAAAAGUCCGGCCUGCAGCUGCCGACGGCCAGUGGCAAUGGCAGUUCCCACACAGCCAGCACGGGCACGGGCACUGGGACAUCGGACACCGAGGAUGAGGGCUCCACGCCGAGUGCCGAGAAUGCGGAACGCUCGCUGGCCUCCACUCUGGGUGGCAGCAAUGAGAAUCUGCCGCAGAGCAGUAAUAGUUUUCUCCAUGCAGCUCUGCCCGAGGGACCCGGACUGUCGGCGCCCCUGGAGCGUGGCACCACCAGUCGCCGCAGCAUCAGUGCCAAGCACAAUACGGAGUCGGGCAAGGGGAGUGUCGCGGCACCGCCCACCAUUACCAAGUCAUACACCAGCACCAAGAAGGAGGAGCUGCUGCAGGUCAUCAACAAGGUCAAACAGCAGCUGGAGAAUGGUACCCGCAAAAAUGGCAUCAAAAAGUUAAAUUCUAUAGCCGAGGUCGGCCAUAGACCCCUGAGGGGUAGCCAUAGCAUAUCGGAUCUGAGUCUGGCUGGUAAUCUGGAUGGUUCAAGGACAGCGGGCGGUGGUCCAGGACGCUAUACGAAGCCAGUUGCUUCCCACGAAACUUCGCAGUAUAUUAGCUCCUCCGAUUCACCAACAAAUGCCAAUACACCACCACCCAGUAUUAUUCAACAACAACCUCAACGAUCUCAACAUCACGCGUACCAACAGCAAACACAUUUUGGCAGCUCGCAGCAAUUCUUCAACUGUGCCGCGCCGAAAUCCAAGCUGCAGCAGAAUUUCCAGACCAUGCGGCAAGUGCAACAGCACUAUCCCCCGUAUCCGCAUCAUGUGGGUGUGCAUCAGAUUCAUCCGCCACCAGGAGUGCCCUUUGGAGGAGGUGGAUCUGCCCAUUCAAUGCGAAUGCAGACGCAGACUGCGCCCGCGAGGCAGGGUGUCAAGCGGAAUCCGGCAGGUAACAAUCGACGCACGCCCAGCAUCCUGAAGCACUACAAGUCCUGUCCCGUGUCGCCAGUGCACGAGGAGGUGGAGUGGUCCGCGGAAUCAGAGCGCGGUGGAAUGAUGACGGCAGAGCCCAAGCGACAUUCAGUGUACGCAGAUGAUGCUCGAACAAUAUUGGACAUGAUCCAUGCAGACACCGAGAAGAUGAUCGAUGAGAUCACGCGAAAGUACGGGGAUCUGGACGAGAUGCCAAUGGGCGGGGGAGGUGGACUGCCCGUCUCCUACUCGAUGCCGGCAAAUCUGCGGGGACUGGGUUCCACGGGAGAGUCCACGCCCACACGCACCCAGCAGUGCACCUAUGUGUAUCGGGAGAUCUAUCAGUGUGAGCGAAAGGUUUCCCUCUCGGACAUUCUGCAGCCGGAACAGUUUGCGGCUCGCGAGCAGCGUUUGGAGGAGGCUCGCUUCCUGGAGACGCAGCGUCACUCCAGCGCCAGUUUCUUCCUCAGCAGCUCCGGGCAGAUGCCGCACGAGCAGAGCCAGGAGUCGCUGCUGUCCGAUGGCGGCAGCUACUGCAACAGCCUGGAGAGUGUCCUCUCGGACGAGAGCGACUGCAAGAGUGCGCCGCUGGAGCAGGCUCUGCUCGAGCAGCGCCCAAUGCAGGCGGCGGCCAUGCAGCGGCAUGCGGGCAUACGGAACUUCAUCAUCCACGGACCCGUGUCCAAGUCGUAUGGAAACAGUCCCAAUGCCUAUGGCAGCUUUGACUACUACAUGAGGCAGGCGGCAGCGGCCAGAACCACAACGACAACGGCCACCUACGACAGCUUUGAUGUGACAGGCUACAAUCUGGAGCCACUGAAGCCGCUGCCCAACUCCAAAACAUAUCCGAGGAUAGCACAGGGUCCGACCAUGGAUAACAUACCCACAAUGCGCUCCAAGAACAAGCAAUAUAAUUCCGGUGUGAACAAAUCGCUGAGCACAGACUUUGCCCAGCAGCGACAGCAGCGCAACUCCAAUCCCAUGCAGACCCGAGAGCCGCUGUUUGUGCGGAAACCUCUGAAGCCCAAGCCGCCAGUGCCGGCCAAGCCACAGAAUCUGAUGAGCACUUUAAGCUGCUUGGAGAAGCAGCAGCAACAGCAGCAGGCACAAAGGAAGAAAGCACAGUCCAGGACGGCCAGUGUGGUGCAGCAGUUUGAGCACAAUCUGCAAAAGUUCGAGCGGGAGAAGCAGCGAGAGCAUCAGCAGAGGCGACCGGCCAUGAGGAGUUCGGUGAGCAGUGGAGCUCUGGCCGGCACACAGAGUUGCCUGAAGAAGGUCUCUCGCUUCGAUACGAGCGAAAGCAGUCGGCGGGCAACCAGCAUGAAGCAGCGAAUGGGCAGGCCCAAGAUCAGUGUGCGCUUCAAUACGGUCUCACAGAUCAAGUAUACGCCGAGUGCGAAGAGAAACGCCAAGAACAACCAUGAGGAUGAGGAUGUGCCCGAACUGGAGGUGGGUAGCCUGCCCAGUGAUUAUGGAGAGCGUAGCUUUGAGAUGUACUUUGCGGAGAAUGGAAAUGCACCCGAGAACCUCGAACACAUGCAGAGCCUCAAGCUGUACACGAAGCCACAGCUGCAGGCGGUGGUAGAUGAGAUUCAGCAGGAGCGUGAAAAGUAUCGCAAGAACAUGGACAAUGCAGAGCGAAGCGGGGAGAGUGGCGGCGGCAAUUCCACCAGCCAUCAGUGCCAGAACAUAGCCAAGAAGAUCGACAUAAUCGAAAAACUCAUUGCCAUGGAGGAGCGCAAAAUGGAGCAGAUACGCCUGGCCACCGAGUCGCGAAUGCGUCCCUUUAAUUGCAACUCCAAGGAGAAGGGCUACGUGAAGAGUCUCACCAUGAACUUUGAUAUGUUGGCCAGGGGAGAGCCACCAGACGAGGAUCUGCUGGAGGAUCAGGCCUCGCAAGAUGCCGAUUUGUGUGCCUAUGCGAGGAAUAUGCGCAGGAAUUGCAGCCUGCCGGAUGUCCUGGAAAGUGCGGACUUUGCCUAUCAUUUGGGUGGCAAUGGGAAUGGCAAUGGCAAUGAUGUGGAACUGGCCAAAGAGGUCGUUGCCGACGAUGAACCAGACAACAAUCCCAUGGAUAUCGAUGAUGAAGAUGAUGAUGCGGAUGAUGAUGAUCAUCCUGAUGAUGGUGUUUUUAUGACGGAGCAAGGUAAUCCCAAAACGCUCAAUCCCAUGCCCAUCGAGGAGUCAUCCAUACGCCGAGCCUGCUCGCUGAGUGACCUGCACAUGGGCAACUUUGGCAAGCCAAGCAAAUCAAAUGGCACACCGCAAAAGCCUCAGGUUCAGCAUCGCAAUGGCAAUGUAAACAGAUCGGCCAGCAAACGCAACAGUCUGCAGGGAAAAACAGGGCUGGGUGCCUCCAGCAACUCCAUGAAUGUGCUCAAUCAGGGUAGCGACUCGGAGCCAGAAGACAGCAAUCGGUUGCGCAGUGCCAGCAAUGGACAGGGGCGCAGCAAUGGACCCAUAGCUGCCAAUCGACAGUACAGCAACAAGAUAAACAAUGCCAACAACAAUCGUCGCAAGACGCCAAACUUUAGCAGUGCCACACCCAUGCAAGACGAUUCCAGCUCCGAGGAAACGCCCAAUAGCACCGUGAACAAUAAGCCCAUAGUGCCGCCACGACCGCGUAACUUGGCCUUUGAUCACAAGAGCAAAUUGAUCAACAACGGCAGUCCCGUCGCCAACAAGCAAAGAAGUGGAGUAGCGACAGCAGACGAAUAUGAAGGAGCAGAUCCUGAAGCCCAGGUGCACAAUGUGAUCAAUAAACUUUAUACGACAACGCAGGCAGCCAUGCAGCUGCAUGCCAACUUGAAGAAUUCUCUGCUGUUGAAGGAACUGGAGAAUGCAUUGAUCAUGUCCAGGAAUAUGCUUAGCAGCAUUCCCACAAAUAGACAAACUGAAAAGACAAAUAAUGGUGGAGGAGUGGGAUUGGGAGGAGUUGGUGGAGGAACCAAUUACGAGCAGCUGACAGCUGAGAAUGGAGACUAUCUGAUGAUGGUCAAUAACUGUGCCGAUCUAUUGAGCAAUUUACGCACGAAGCACAAACCCGAUGACUGUGAGAAUAACUCCUAGUGUGUAGAGCUUAGGCUAGACUAAUCGAAGGCAGAUCCGAAAAAGAACUGCGCGGAAGAUACAACUAACUAAAAAGGAUAUUUAUUUAACUAAAUAAAACACUCUGGCAGAAGGCAAACAAACACACUUACACACAAGCAAAAGUAAAUGCAAAACCAACCAACUAAUGUGUAAUUAAUUCAAAUUAACAAUUAAUUAAUGUACACUUUUGCUUAGUUAUUAGAUCCGAUAAGAAUUCUGUUUCAGUUUUGUGUGCCCGUGUGUGCAUUUCAAUUUUAAACACUAAUUUAUAUGGCAACAAAAAGAAGUCCGUUUAGCUUGGAAUUCAAUUCUAUAAAUGUUAAGUUUAAUGAACAAGUUUUUCGUAUGUGUUAAGUGUUAUUUGAGUUUAAGGCGAGAAUGUUGACAAUGAAUAACAGCGAAUGAAUAUCGUAUGUACUGCAGUGGUACCGAAUUGUUAUAAAGUGCGCUUACAUAUGCCUUCUUUGUAUAUGAUUUUGUGUAUUUGUAAUCCAUUAUUUUUUUUGGUUCUGUUGUAUACCCUUUGGAUAUUGUGUUUUGUGUGGAUUAGUCA